UUUAGUUUAUUUUGUUCUUGAUGGUGUCACUGAGUUCAUCGAAAACACUACUAUGAAAACUAAACGCACACACCAUCAUCUUUCUGAAUCAAAGCUUAAACGCAUCAAUGAAUACAGCAACCGACUCAAAGAGCAGUUGGAAAUGCCGCGGAUACCAGUCAGCAAAGCAUCAGAAAGCUUGAUAGAUUAUUGCAACAACACGCGUGAUCCUCUCGUUCCAUCUGUAUGGGGUCCAGUCGAGCGCCAGGAUGAUCCGUUUGCGCCUAUGGGAAACAAGUUUUUGUGCUGCAACAUCAUGUAAAGACACAUACAGCUAAUCUAAUACCCUUCCUCUCUUGUCCAUACAACAGAAUCAUACAAACAAGUUGAUUUAUCACAUGAAGUCCAUUUUCAUAGUAAAGGGAAGCAAGGAG